AUGAUGGAGGCGGACGCGGCCGCCCCCGCGAGGCCCGGCGGCGGCGGGGGCCGGGGGCUGUCGGGCCAGUGGGCGGACGGGGCGGCGGCGCGGCCGCGCACCACCGAGCGCCACAUCACGGUGCACAAGCGCCUGGUGCUGGGCUUCGCCGUGUCCAUCGUGGCCCUGCUGCUGGUCACCAUGGGCGCCGUCCUGCUCAGCGUGCGCGGCGAGGAGUGCGGCGGCGGCGACGGGCGGGCGGCGGCGGCGGCGGACGCCCCGGCCGGCAGGGCGGCCAACGGCAGCGCCCGCCCGGACCGCGGCCCCGCCGGCCAGCCGCCGGAGCCCCCGGCCCAGGAGGAGCAGGCCCCGGAGGAGGAGGAGUGGCAGCGGCGCCGGGAGCCGCCGCCCUGGACCCGCCUGCGCCUGCCGGGCCACCUGCGGCCCCUCCACUACAACCUGGUGCUGAGCGCCUUCAUGGAGAACUUCACCUUCGGCGGCGAGGUGAACGUGCAGGUGGAGUGCCUCAACGCCACCCGCUACCUCGUCCUCCACGCCCACCGCCUGCACGUCGAGGCCGUCCGCGUGGCCGAGGACCGGCUGGCCGGCGCCCUGCGCGUCGCCGCCUUCUUCCUCUACCCCCGCACCCAGGCCCUGGUCGUCGUCCUCAACCGCAGCCUCGAGGCCCUGCGCAGCUACAACCUCAAGAUCCUCUACGACGCCCCCAUCGAGAACGAGCUGCUGGGCUUCUUCCGCAGCUCCUACGUCCUCUACGGGGAGAGGAGGUUUCUUGCAGUUACACAGUUUUCUCCUACCCAUGCCAGAAAAGCCUUUCCUUGCUUUGAUGAGCCUAUCUACAAGGCCACGUUCAAAAUCAGCAUCAAACAUCAAGCAACCUAUUUAUCUUUGUCCAAUAUGCCUGUGGAAACUUCUGUUUUUGAAGAAGAUGGAUGGGUUACAGACCACUUUUCCCAGACUCCCCUCAUGUCUACAUAUUACCUAGCCUGGGCAGUUUGCAACUUUACAUACCGUGAGACUACCACCAAGAAUGGUGUUGUAAUACGAUUAUAUGCAAGACCUGAUGCCAUUAGAAGAGGAUCUGGGGACUAUGCUCUGAACAUUACUCGGAGACUAAUUGAGUUUUAUGAAGACUACUUCAAAGUACCCUAUUCACUUCCAAAAUUAGAUCUAUUAGCUGUGCCUAAGCACCCCUAUGCUGCUAUGGAGAACUGGGGAUUAAGUGUUUUUGUGGAACAAAGAAUACUUCUGGAUCCCAGCAUUUCUUCCAUAUCAUACUUACUUGAUGUCACAAUGGUCAUUGUACAUGAGCUAUGCCAUCAGUGGUUUGGUGACCUUGUGACUCCAGUGUGGUGGGAAGACGUAUGGCUAAAAGAAGGCUUUGCUCAUUAUUUUGAAUUUGUUGGAACUGAUUAUCUUUAUCCUGGCUGGAAUAUGGAGAAGCAGAGGUUUUUGACUGAUGUAUUACAUGAAGUAAUGCUGCUUGAUGGCCUGGCCAGUUCACAUCCAGUGUCGCAAGAAGUGCAACAAGCCACAGACAUUGACAGGGUGUUUGACUGGAUUGCCUAUAAAAAGGGUGCAGCCUUAAUUCGAAUGCUGGCUAAUUUUAUGGGUCACUCAGUGUUUCAGAUGGGCCUACAAGAUUAUUUAACCAUUCACAAGUAUGGCAAUGCUGCCAGAAAGGACCUCUGGAACACACUGUCAGAGGCACUUCAGAAGGUUGGAAAAUUUGUGAAUAUCCAAGAAGUAAUGGAUCAGUGGACACUCCAAAUGGGUUAUCCUGUUAUCAGCAUCAUGGGAAAUGAAACUGCAGACAACGUCAUAAGAAUCUCUCAAGAGCAUUUUAUUUAUGACCUUGAUAUUAAAGCCAAAGAUCCUGGUCUUGGAAACCACAGCUACUUGUGGCAGAUUCCAUUAACAAUUGCAGUAGGAAAUACGAGCCACAUCUCAUCAGAGGCAAUUAUAUGGGUGUCUAACAAAUCAGAGCAUCACAGGAUUGCUUCUCUCGAUGAGAGGAGCUGGAUGCUGGGGAACAUCAAUCAAACUGGCUAUUUUAGGGUUAAUUAUGAUGUUAGAAAUUGGAAAAUGUUAAUUGACCAACUAAUGAGGAACCAUAAGGUAAUCUCUGUCAGUAAUCGUGCAGGUUUGAUCGAUGAUGCGUUCAAUUUAGCCAGAGCUGGCUAUUUGCCUCAGCAUAUUCCACUGGAGAUUAUAAGAUACCUAUCUAAGGAAAAGGAAUUUCUGCCUUGGCAUGCUGCCAGCCAAGCUCUUUAUCCUCUAGAUAAAUUGCUGGACCGUACUGAAAACUACAACAUCUUCAAUGAAUAUAUACUAAGACAAGUUGCUUCAAUGUACCUGAAGCUUGGAUGGCCAACAAAUAAUGUGGACAAAUCCUUUGUUCAAGCUUCCUACCAAGCUUCCUACCAGCAUGAGGAAUUACGCCGUGAAGUCAUUAUGCUGGCUUGCAGCUUUGGCAAUAAGCACUGCCACCAGCAGGCUGCAACAUUAAUUUCAGAUUGGAUUUCCAGCAACAGAAACAGAAUACCAUUAAAUGUAAGAGACAUCGUCUACUGCACAGGAGUUUCAUUGAUGGAUGAAGAUGUAUGGGAGUUCAUCUGGAUGAAAUUCCAUUCUACAAUUGCAGUAUCUGAGAAGAAAAUAUUGUUAGAAGCCUUAACAUGUAGUGAUGACAGAAAUUUAUUAAACAGGCUUCUUAACCUAUCUCUCAAUUCAGAAGUUGUCUUGGACCAGGAUGCAAUUGAUGUCAUAAUCCACGUAGCUAGAAAUCCACACGGAAGAGAUCUUGCUUGGAAGUUUUUUAGAGAAAAAUGGAAGAUAUUGAAUGCAAGAUAUGGAGAAGCAUUAUUUAUGAAUUCCAAACUUAUCAGUGGAGUCACAGAAUUUCUUAAUACAGACAGUGAAUUAAAUGAGCUAAAGAACUUUAUAAAGACCUAUGAGGAGGGAUCUGCUGCCUCUUUCUCCCGAGCUGUGGAAACUGUGGAAGCCAAUGUCCGGUGGCAAACACUUUAUAAAGAGGAAUUGUUUCAGUGGCUGAGGAAGUCACUGACCCACUAAUCAGUGUUUCGGACAGAGAGUACCACGUUUUGCAAGAGGAGAAUCACAAUGUGAAAUUCAAAGAACCUGUGACUGGAAAUCCAAUGAAGACAAGUUCCAUUUGGAAGGAUAUAUAGAUAUAGAUAUAUUAUAUUUUUGCACCAAUCUCCUCAAAACUGUAAAAGCCAAGGGAAGGGGGAAAAACUCUGACAAAGAGAAAAGGUCAUGAAUGCUUACAAAACCCAGUUUUCACUGUACCAUGGCCAAAUGUGAUAUUAAGUGGUGCAUGUAAAUGUUUCUGUCAUUUGGUGGGGAGGAAGAUCCUUCGGAAUAUUGUGCAUGUUAUACGGUCCCUGCCUGUAUCCAGCAUGCUUACUUAAAGUGUCCAUGUUUUGUAUGUGAAUUUCUGUUACAUCAAAGAUGGGCAUUAUGCAAAAGCACAAAGACUAUGACAAUCAGUGUUUGAAAAACAAGGUAGGAAAGA